AGUCAUCAGGAUGCCAGCGUUGCCACUGGAUGAGCUCCAGCUGACGGAAAGGGAUCCCAAGACAGGGAAGCUGAGAACAUUACCGGCACUGCACCCAGAAAUAAAAGCAGAUCGGUCUUUUGUGCUAUACAGACCGCCACCUGUUGUCAGAGACCCUGCUUUAGUGGAAGAAUUCUUGGAGCGAGCAAAAUUCAUUGCAGAUGACCUGAACUGGCUUCUGGCUUUGCCUCAUGACAAAUUUUGGUGCCAGGUGAUAUUUGAUGAGACGCUUCAGAAAUGUCUGGAUUCCUACCUGUGCUAUGCCCCUCGCAAGUUUGAUGCGUUGCUGGAUUGCCAUCCAGAGGUGAAUGACAUGCAGAAAUGUCUUCAUCGGAGCGUCUUCCUGACUUUCCUCAGAAUGUCCACUCACAAGGAGUCCAAGGAUCAUUUUAUCACUCCAUCUGUCUUUGGAGAAAUUAUUUACAAUAACUUCCUGUUCGACAUCCCUAAGAUUCUGGACCUCUGUGUGCUUUUUGGAAAAGGAAAUGGUCUCCUGCUCCAGAAGAUGAUUGAAAAUAUCUUCACUUGGCAGCCGAGUUACUUCAGCGACCUAGAUGAAACUCUGCCCACCGUCCUCCAGGUGUUCAACAAUAUUCUGCACAAGUGUGGCUUGCAGUGUGAAGGAGCCUCUGCUGAGCCCCAGAAACUGGAAGAAAGAGUCAAUGUGACUCCGGGGAACAUGCCCCUCCAGGAGCUGAAAGAUAUUGUGCUGUACUUAUGCGACACUUGCACGACACUCUGGGCGUUUCUUGAUGUCUUCCCAUUGGCUUGCCAGACCUUCCAAAAACAUGAGUUUUGCUACAGAUUAGCUUCGUUUUAUGAAUUGGCAAUUCCUGAGCUGGAAUCUGCAAUUAAGAAGAGGCAUUAUGAGGAUAACAGUGUUUUUGCUGAUUUGUGGAGGAGAAUUUCACAUUCCAGAAAGAAGAUGAUAGAAGCUUUUCACGUCCUAAUAAACCAAGUCUGUCUGCAGCCCAUCUUGGAAAGCAGCUGCGAGAACAUUCAGCCUUUUAUUGAGGAAUUUCUACAGAUCUGGAAUUCGGUAUUGAGUGAGAGGUUAUUUCUCCGUGACUAUGAUGAGCUGUUUCCUGUUGAGGAUGAUGUCAGUCUGCUUCAGCAAGCAUCCUCCACGCUAGAUGAGACCAGGACAGCCUAUAUCCUCCAAGCGGUGGAAAGUGCAUGGGAAGGGGUAGACAGGAAAAAAGCACAAGUCGUUAAAGAUCCAACGCCACCAGCAGCAUCUAAUGGGGCAUCAGCCAUAGUGGAGAGCGCUGCUGAGGACGUGGAAGAGCUCGGGGCUGCGUAUGCAUCAGAGGACGAGUGUGCCGGUGCGGCUGCGGCGCCCGUUGGCAAGGUGUCGGGGGUGGAGCUGGACUCUCUGAUCUCUCAAGUGAAAGACCUGCUGCCAGACCUUGGGGAGGGCUUCAUCCUGGCCUGCCUGGAGGAGUACGGUUACAACGCGGAGCAAGUGAUCAACAACAUUCUAGAAGAUAAACUGGUGCCGUACUUGGAUAAGCUGGACCGGACAAUGCAGAGACAGCUGAAGCCAGACCCGACUCCUCUUGUCACUUCUCGCUAUAAUGUUUUCCAGAAUGAUGAGUUUGAUGUUUUCAGUAGGGAUUCAGUGGAUGUUUCUCGGAUACAAAAAGGCAAACGGUGAGUAUCGAGGGAGAAGGACACGACCAGGAGUUUGCUGAACGACAAGCGCCUGGUUGCUGAGCAGAAGGAGCGCUACAGCCAGUACAGCGUGAUUGUGGAGGAGGUUCCUGUGCAGCAGGGAGAAGCUCAGCUCUACCGGGAGGACUACGAGGACGAGUACGACGACACUUACGAUGGAAACCAAGUGGGGGCAAACGAUGCUGACUCAGAUGAUGAGCUGAUCAGCAGGAGGCCGUUCACGAUUCCUCAAGUCUUGAGACCUAAAGGACAGGAUGACGGACAGGAGGAGGAGGAAGAGGAUGAUGAAGAUGAGGAGGAGGAAGCUGAAAAGGAAAGAACAAAGGACCAUUUUGUGCAGGACCCGGCUGUACUGCGGGAGAGAGCUGAAGCCCGACGGCUGGCUUACCUUGCAAGGAAGGGGCACAAGCACGACAGCUCUGCUGUUGUUGGCAACGUGAAGGGCCACGGGCAGAACCGGGAAACAGUGCAGGAACGAAGGAAGAAGGAAGCAAACAAAAGCACGAGAGCUAACCAUAACCGACGAGUCAUGGCUGACAGAAAGCGGAAUAAAGGCAUGAUUCCUUCCUGA